CAUCCACCAUAACUCUUCAGUAACCCAACCACGAAGAAAACAGCACGACGAAAGCGUACUCCAACACCACACACGACGAACAUGGACAAAGCCACUUUCGAGAACCACGCACAUCUCCCUAUCGCAAUCAUUGGAGGUGGCCUUGGUGGGUUAGCGCUCGCCAUUGGGCUCACUCGGCAUGGCGUCAAGGUGCAUAUAUAUGAGAGCUCCUCCGAAUUCUCGGAAAUAGGCGCCGGAGUGACGUUUGGAACCAAUGCAACGAAGGCGUUGCAUCUAAUCGAUCCGCGCUUACUGCAAGGCUUCAUGAAACAUGCGACUUUCAAUGCCGACCCGGAGCGACAUAACACGUUCAAUACAAUCCUGUGGGGUAUGGAUGAAAGGCGGCAUGGUGGGCACAAAGCCGGAGACUUUGCCUUUCACCAGGAUGACAAAGGGCACUAUGAGGGUGAAUUGGCCGGGCUUGGUAUGAAGGGCCGCAUACACAGAGCCCGUCUCCUAGAUGAGAUGGUGGCUCUGUUGCCAGAAGAUAUCACAAGCUUUAAUAAGAGUUUUGUCAGUGUUCAAGAUGCUGGGAACGGUAUGUUGAAGAUGAGUUUUGCUGAUGGGACAAGUGCGCUUGCCAGUGCGAUUAUUGGCUGCGACGGUAUCAAGAGUAAAGUCCGGCACCACGUCUGUGACCCGGAUGUCCAACCAAAGUCCGCCGGCGAAUGCGCGUUCCGGGCAAUGGUUCCGGGUGGUGAAGCUAGGAAGAUGUUGGGAGACGAAAGGGCCUUGAACAGCCAACUAUAUUGUGGUUAUGGUGGAUACAUCAUCACCUACCCUGUGGAACAUGGCCAGUUUAUCAACAUGGUUGCCUUGCCACAAGAUGAGCCCACUCCUGGAGUGAACGAAGACGCCUGGACCGUACCCACAAAUGCGGACGAGAUCAGAAAGCGAUUUCAUGACUGGUAUCCGCCUCUUAUUGAGCUCAUGGCCCGCCAUCACCUCCCCUCUAAAUGGGCUCUGUUCACUCUCCAACAUGAUUCACCCUACUUCAAAAACCGCAUUUGUCUCCUCGGCGAUAGCGCACAUGCUACCACACCACAUAUGGGAGCGGGAGCUGGUAUGGCCAUGGAAGAUGCGUAUAUCCUCAGUCACCUGGUUGCUUCGGCAGGAGGUAUCGCUAAUAUCGAGGCGGCAUUCCAGGCCUAUGACGCCGUAAGACGUCCAAGAACGCAGCAGUGCAUCAAGUACAGCCUAGACGCAGCUCAGGCCUAUGACUUUGCUGUUGAAAAUGUCGGAGACAACAUGGGCAAGAUAGAAGACAUGCUCGAUGAGAGAUUUGAGUGGUUGUGGCAUGAAGACCUAGAAGCGCAGCUGUUGACCGCAAAGGAUCUCCUACAGAGCUGUUGA